AAGGAAGGGAAGAGCAUGCCUGCUGGGAUCUGUUCUGUGACCCUUUUCGGCAGCCAGGACAAGGAAGAUGGGGAGCCCAAGGCCAAGCAGCCCAGAGAAGGGGAGGAGGAAGGCGAGAAGCACAGGGAACUCAGGCUGCGGAACUACGUCCCAGAGGACGAGGACCUGAAGAGGAGGAGGGUGCCCCAGGCCAAGCCAGUCGCAGUGGAAGAGAAGGUGAAGGAGCAGCUGGAGGCCGCCAAGCCGGAGCCCGUCAUCGAGGAAGUGGACCUGGCCAACCUCGCGCCCCGGAAGCCUGACUGGGACCUCAAGAGAGACGUAGCCAAGAAACUGGAGAAGCUAGAAAAGCGGACACAGAGGGCCAUCGCCGAGCUGAUCCGUGAGAGGCUGAAAGGCCAAGAGGACAGCCUGGCUUCUGCAGUGGGCGCCACCACCGAGCAAGAGGCCUGUGACUCCGACUGAGGCACUCCACGUCCCCUCGUCCCUGUCAGGCCUGUCCUAGGAAAACUGAUCCUUGCCACUGGCUGAACUUGCCACUGACUCAGUUCUCCCUUGAGAACUGAGCCUGCAUGUGGGUUUGCUCAAGAGAACCCUCCAGCCAAGAAUAUAAAUGGCUCCAGAAUGUGGUGGUCUUGGAUGCUUGAUAGAAAUGCAAACCCUACCUGAAUGAACCUUGAUUCACUGCAGUCCUCCACGAACGCCUGUUGAUACAGUUUCAAGUAAAGCGACCAGCUUCAGGAGAAGGUCACCCACCCACCUGAUCUACUGGGCAACAAGGCACCAGGAGCAAAGGACAUGGGUAGGAACGUGGUAGAAUCAGACUUGCAAAGGAUUCAUAGAUUAGAAUGACCAGGCAGAUUAUUUAAAUGUUUAAAAAUGAUGUAAGAACUAGAAGAUAGGCUUGAAAAUAGGAAUCGAUUUGCCAAAAACCAAAGUGAUGUUCAGAAAUAAAAAUUAUUAUAGCAGUUAAAAGCCCCACAUCUGUGAAUCAGAGCUAAAGAAACAGUUCCUGUACAGGAAGCCAGGCCUGGAGAGGUUCUCCAGAAUACAGCAAGAUAGACAGGUCAAUAAUCCAAAACAAGAAACUAAGAAAGAUGGAGGAUAGGGUAGGAAGAGCCAACAUGACAUGUGAUUGGAGUCCCAGGAAAGAAGGGGAAAAGGCAAAAAUGGUGUGAAGGAAAUAUUUUUUUAAUGACUGUGUACUUUUCAAAAUCACCAAUCCACAGUUUCAAUGAGGCCAGCAAAUCUCAAGCAGGGCAGCUUGUAGAUGGUGAUGAAUUAGGCAUAUUCACUUUAUGACUAUUUAUCGAACCAAACACAUAUGCUCUGUAUGCGUUUUGUAUGUGUGUUAAAGCUCAAUAAGCAAGUUUGCAUAUUGUUUCA